GAUUGACAGAUAAACCUUAGAUGAAAGUUGACUCGAGUGAGUUUGCAGGUUAUGUUAUUAUUUUUCAAUUGCCGAUUUAACAAAAAAUAACAGUAAAGUAUAUAGUACUUGCUACUUUUAGCUCGCUAUACCUGUAAUAAGUAAGAGAUAUUAGUAUGAUACCAAAGAUCCUAUUAUUAUAUUUAUUUUUUCUUUGCAAGUUAUCUAUCAGCAAAAGAAUAUCACCAGAUCUAAGCAGUCUAAGAACUGGCAAAUUAGAAGAUUGCCAACGUUGCAAAAUAUUAACUGACUCUUUCAAACAUUGGCUGUCGGGAACUUCACGCGGAAAACAUGAAGGUGGAGACGCUGCUUGGGAGGAAGCAAAACUGAAAUCUUAUUCUAGAAGUGAGAUGCGGUUAGUUGAAAUUCAAGAGGGUCUGUGUUCUGAACUGAAAAAAUAUCAAGAUCAUUGCUACACUCUGGCCGAAGAAGUGGAACAAGUCUUAGAGAAAUGGUGGUUCUAUGAAGAUCCUGAAACUGUUGAUUUAUAUACUUGGCUAUGCAUCGACAACUUACAAUAUUGUUGUCCACCAAAUCAUUUCAGUGAAUCAUGUAUUCCAUGUCCAUUAGAUAAAAAUAACAAACUGUGCGGUGGUCAUGGAAAAUGUGAUGGAGAUGGUACAAGAAAAGGCAAUGGCACAUGCAUAUGCCAUACAGGGUACACUGGUAAUUACUGUGAAGAAUGUUCUAAAAACUUUUAUUUAAGCAAUUCUAUUUGUAUGCCCUGCCACAAAGCAUGUGAUGGAUGUUCUGGUGAAGGAGUAAACUCAUGUAACAAAUGUAAAAAUGGCUGGAUAAUGCAGUCCAAAUCUUGUAUAGAUAUAGAUGAAUGUUCUUCAUCAUCUUUAUGCAAAGAAAACCAAUAUUGUGUAAAUAGAGAAGGAUCAUAUAAAUGCAAAAACUGUGAUCCCUCUUGCAAGUCUUGUAAAGGCGAUGGAUCUGCAAAUUGUACAUUGUGUGAUGAUAUGUACACCCUUUGGUCUGGUAAAUGCGUAGGUAAAGAACAAAAGUAUGAAAUUGUGUUCAAUGUAGCAAAAAGAUUGACCUUGUAUAUAGGUCUGUUAAUAAUAAGUGUAUUCAUUUUCCGCAAUAACAAGUAUUUUGCAGCAUUUACAAUUGUUAUUAUUGCCAUUUAUAUAUUUACUCUAGAAAAUUCAUCUACAGUUAACCUAUUAGAACUAAUAUUAAAUAUGAAUUAAUAGAAAAAAAAAUCCAGUUAGUAUUUUUCACUGAUAAAUAUUAUCAAAAUAAGGUUUGAAUGUUGCUCCGUGUUUUUAAAGGUAUGAUAGAAUAUUUUGAGAAUUGUAUGUUAGAUAACUAAGGAAAACAAUAACACUUUGCUUUUAUUGUGUGCAAGUGUGUGGGUUAGCUUCUUUGAAAUAAUGGUGUCUUUGUAUCGUAAAUGGUUGGUACUUGGUAUUAAGUAACCCCAAUAAUAUAGGUAUUGCUUAUUAGGAUAAUGCAUUUUAUUCAAAAGGUAAUCUUAAAUUGCCAGUGAUACAUCACAUGAUUUUUAAUUCAGCAAUAUUUUCAUCCUACUACAUUAUGUACAUAAGAAUCAAUAAUUAAAUUCUUGUACAACUUUUAACUUUCUUAUUUAACUAUUAACUUUCUUAUUUAAAUAUUUUAUUUCUUGUAUUAUAUUCUUAUUGUUUUUUAUAACUAAAUAAUAAUAUGGGAUUGCAUGACACUGCAACUUUACUAAGCCAGAUUAAAUUAUUAGAUUAAAUCACACCUAACUCCAUAUUGUUUCUGGGAACAAUAUCUGUUUUAAUCGUUAUGUAAUAAAAUUUAAAGCUUAGAGGAUGUAAAAAUUACCAAUUUCGGGCUAUUUUAACAUUGUGUUUAUAAAUAAAACAACACUCAUCUCCAGCUCUGCUAGCAUUGUGCCAAAAUUAUCCAUUAAAAACAAAUAUUUUCACCAAUAAUCCCAAUUUUCCUCUACUUGCCUUUUGAUAAGUUUAUAGUUUAAUUAAUAGAAUAUGGAAUAUUGUGCAUAAGUGUAUUUCUGACUGAAGGUGUGAUGUUGCCACUGUUUUAAUAUUCUUAGAGUUGUAGUAGUGGCAUUAAGGUUAAAGUUACUUUUUAUUUAAUAUCUAUUUUGUUUGACACUUAAACUUUUUUACUUUACAUCUACAGUUUGAGUAAUUUAUUGUAAAUUAUAAAUUUCAAAAUUAAAAUUACCCUAUAUAACAAUAGUAAAUUCAUAGUAAUGUUGAUUCUAUAGACCAAUAGAGACACUCGGUUAUUGUCUUGGUGAGGAUGGGUACAAAUAUAACAAAUUAAAAUCAAAAUUAAAGGUGUAUUAAAAAUACAAUUUAUUGCAAAAGUUACUUAACUACAUUUUAGUGUCAUUUAUAUACAAAAAUUAAAUACAAUGUUUGGAAAAAAUAACCAAAAUGUCUAAAGACUAAUUAUAGUCUUAAAACAUAAUAGUGUCGUGUUUAGAAAAUAAUAUUCUGUAUUAACAGAAUAUUAUUUUCUAAACACAACUAUAAAUGAGUCCAUUAUAAAAGAAAAUAAUUAUUUUGCAUCCUACAGGGUAACAUGAAUUAGAGCCUUUUUCACAAUAUGUGUUCCUAAUACAAGGACAAUAUAAACCUAAAAGCUACAAAUUGUGACUCUAAAUUAAAUAUAAUCACUGAAAUAAAGUGCUAUAUGUGAAAAAA